UAUCGUGUUCGUAUUGCUAACACGUGCAUCGUAGAUUUGAAAUAUUUGAUUAGAAAUAUUUUCAUAGAAUUUUAUAAUUUACAUCUAUUUCGAUAUUAAAAAUUACGAAUUAAGAACGUUUAUAUACAUUCAUAUAUAUUUAAAAAAAAUAAUGACUUCAAAGGUAAAAGAAAGUGGGAGAAAAAGUCUUUCUUCUUGGAUGACAUGUGAAAUAUGUCAGAGUAUUUUAUCACAAAAAGAUUUAGCAAUACAUCACACUAAUUGUCCACCUAAUUUUGAAAUCUGGAAUCACGAUUUCAUUUAUAAUAAUAUAUUAUAUAGUACUGUAGAAACAUAUAAUCUAUUAGAACAGCCAAAAAAUAUACAUGUAAGGGCGUUUGAUGAUAUGGUAUUUAUAUCACAAUCUGCUUUGCAAUUGUGUGAAAUUGCAAUAGGAGAUUCUGUCCUUGUAACUGUUGGAGAAAACAAAGUUGUUAAAACUGCAUGGCCAACUAAAGAUAAAAGUUUAACGAGUGUUUCAAUAACAAAACAUGCAAUAGAAUUAAAUGAUCUCAGAGGUUUAGUCAAGAUCCAAAAAUUAGAUUGUUUUAUUAAUGCUGCUAAGGAAUUUAUAAUUUGUAAUGUUGGAAAACACAUAUUGCCAGAAGUAACUAUAGAACUUAAUAUAAUACUUAAAAAUUAUAAUGAACAAAAAAUAUUUGCUGUAGGUAAUAAAUUCAGUAUACCUUUUUAUGGCAAGAGAUUAAUUUAUAAAAUUAUCAAAAUUAUAUCGGAUAAUGGUAGAGAAAAUAUUAAUUUGCCUCAACAGUUUAAGCAAUUAAAUUUUGCUGAUCAAAUACAUGAUAUUAAAUUUUAUAAAGCAUUUUAUAAUACAAAAUGGACAAUUUUAAAUGAAGAACAAAAUAAGAAACAAGAAGAAUACAAGAAAAUUAAAUAUAAAAUACAAGAUAUUGGAGGAUAUGAGAAAGUAAUAGAAGAUAUUAAAGAUGUUCUUGAUAUUGGUCUUGGUAAAUCUCAAAAUCUUGGUGAUUUUUAUAUUAGUAAAGGAAUAUUAUUAUAUGGUACUGCUGGUGUCGGUAAAUCAAUUAUUUCUAAUGCUUUAAUAUCAGAAUAUGACAUCAAUUCCGUCACUAUUUACAGUUCAGAUAUAUACAGUAAAUCUCUAGGAGAGACAGAAAAAAAAUUGCAAGAUAUUUUUAUGGAAGCCAAAGCUAAAGCUCCAAGUAUUAUUUUGAUAGAGGAAAUUGAUAGUUUAUGUCCUAAACGAAGUACUUCAAGUACAGAUCAUGAAAGAAGAGUACUUUCACAAUUGAUUACACUUUUUGAUGACAUACAAAAUACAAAUAAUAAUGUAGUCAUACUUGCUACAACUUCAAAGUUAGAUCUUGUAGAUAGUUCUCUUAGAAGACCUGGUAGAAUAGACAAAGAAUUCGAAAUUUAUGUACCUACUCCCAAUAUGCGCGCGGAUAUAUUUAAAAAAAUGUUAUCAAAAAUACCAAAUACUUUAUCUUUAGAAGAUAUACAAAAUAUUGCAUUUGUCACUCAUGGUUUUGUUGGCGCCGACUUAUACGGUUUAUGUUCUCAAGCAAUUUUAAAUGUUGUAAAGCGUCAACCGAAAACAAAUAUUGCUACUGAUUUUUCGAUCAAAGUAACUUUAUCAGAUUUUAAUCGUGCUUUGACUGUUAUAAAACCAUCAGCUAUGAAAGAAAUUUUAAUAGAAGUACCAAAUGUUAGAUGGUCAGAUAUAGGAGGACAAAAAGACUUAAAAUUAAAAUUAAAACAAGCUAUUGAAUGGCCAUUAUGUCAUCCUGAAGUAUUUUUCAGAAUGGGUAUAACUCCACCUAAAGGUGUUUUGAUGUUUGGACCACCAGGUUGUUCUAAAACAAUGGUUGCAAAAGCUCUUGCAACAGAAAGCAAAGUAAAUUUUUUAAAUAUAAAGGGACCAGAAUUAUUUUCAAAAUGGGUUGGUGAAUCUGAAAAAGCUGUAAGAGAAGUAUUUCGAAAAGCAAGACAAGUUUCACCUUCUAUAAUAUUUAUUGAUGAAAUUGAUGCAUUAGGAGGAGAACGAAGUUCUUCCGUAACUGUGGGAAGUAAUGUACAAGAACGUGUUUUAGCACAAUUAUUAACAGAACUCGAUGGCGUCACUGCAUUGGGCAGUGUUACUUUAGUAGCAGCAACUAAUCGACCUGAUAAAAUUGAUAAAGCACUUCUUCGACCAGGUCGUUUAGAUAGGAUAAUAUACGUGCCAUUACCUGAUUAUGAAACAAGACAAGAAAUUUUUGAUAUAAAAUUAAGAAACAUGCCAAUCGCGGAAGAUGUACAAAUUCAAGAUCUAGUAGAUCUUACAGAAGGAUAUUCUGGAGCAGAAAUCCAAGCAAUUUGUCAUGAAGCUGCUAUCAAAGCACUUGAGGAAGAUUUAAAUGCUACUAUAAUUACUAAAGAACAUUUUAAAGCAGCAUUAGCCAUAAUUACUCCUAGAACUCCACCAUCUUUAAUAAAUUUAUAUAAUAAUUAUAUAAAUAAAAUAUAUUGACAUUACAAA